CUCAUCACUGUGACUGUUAACAUAUCAAAACCUCUCUCUCUCUCCCUUUCAUCAAACAGUCAUUCAAGAUGUCGUCCGAGUACUACACGGUGCCGUUCCAGCGAAUCACCUUCGGGAGCCAAGAAGAAAUACGCCAGCCCGGAGCAAUCAAAGCCGCCUUGGCUGAGUUCUUCAGUACCCUCAUCUUCGUCUUCGCCGGCUCCGGCUCUGGCAUGGCCUUCAGCAAACUCACCGGUGAUGGCCCCAACACCCCAUCCGGCCUCAUCGCCGCCGCUCUUGCUCACGGUUUGGGGCUCUUCGUGGCGGUUGCCGUCGGAGCUAACAUCUCCGGCGGCCACGUCAACCCUGCCGUCACCUUCGGCGCCUUCGUUGGCGGGAACAUCACCUUCUUCCGGGGGAUCCUUUACAUCAUUGCUCAGUUGCUUGGAUCAGUUGUCGCUUGCUUCCUUCUCAAGUUCUCCAGCGGCGGCUUGGCGGUUGGAGCAUUCACUUUGUCCAGCGGGGUGUCGGUAUGGAAUGCGUUUGUUCUUGAGAUAGUGUUGACUUUUGGACUGGUGUACACAGUGUACGCCACAGCCAUUGACCCGAAGAAGGGCAAUUUGGGAAUCAUAGCACCCAUCGCCAUUGGUUUUGUUGUUGGAGCCAACAUUCUGGUGGGUGGAGCCUUUGAUGGAGCAUCCAUGAACCCGGCUGUUUCAUUCGGACCUGCUGUUGUUAGCUGGACCUGGACUCACCACUGGGUUUACUGGGCUGGCCCAAUUGUCGGCGCCUUCAUUGCAGCUGCUGUCUAUGAAAUCUUCUUCAUCGAUCACUCUCACCAAGCCUUGCCCACCGCUGAAUACUAGUAGCUAGGCAUUUCUUCUAGCUACUAGUACUUAUUCAAUUUUUAUUCUUGUCGGUGGGUUUUGUUUUUUUUUUUUUUUGAAUUUAUUUUUCCUUCGUUCCACGUUCUUCUAAGAUUUAUAUGUUACUAUGUUUUCCUUAGUUGUGCAAUCAUGUAUUUGUCUCGUCAUAUGGUAAUGAUUCAAUGUGAACUAAGUUUUCGGUUUAAUUUGGAUAUUAAGCUCAUUUUGUCCUUCUCGAACACUCUGAUUAUUCGAAUGAAUAUUGGAAAGAUUGACAAGUGAAUAGGUGACACGCAAAUGCGAAAACCAAAUGCAAAAAUAUUGAGACAAUGAGACUACUAUUAUUCUUUGUUUUUUUUAAGAUAUUUUUCUUGUUUAGAAAUUGAUUGCGACCCGGGCCAUGUGGCAUUGAAUUGCUACAGAAGACGAGAAAGUUGAUGCGAUUGUGCAAAGAAAGAAUUUUGGUGGGGAUAUUCAAAGAUGGGUUAAAAUAGAUGGCAUUGUAAAGAAAAGC